UCCCCGGCCGGCAACUUCUCCGUGCGAGGCUCCUUUGUUGGUCCCACUGCGGCUGCUCUCCUGUUUUGUGUCCCUGGGUGUCACAGUGCGUGUGUUGUGUGUCUGUGCGGAGCGGUGCUGUGUGGUUCUCCCCGUGCUCACUAUCCUGGCCAUCGGGCCCCGGCUUGUCCUUCCCCGGCACCGGCUGCACCAGAGACCCAGAACAAGCUUCCUGGAACCCAUGACCCCUGAAAUCUUGUCAACAUUCAUGCCAUCUGAGGGUAGCAGCUAUGAAGUAGAAGAAGCAGAGUGUUGCAGGGGACUGCUGGAUCUCCUAGAGUGACCCACCGUGACCGAUGGGACGCUGACUUCGGACCCUCCGUGAUUCACCAUGCUGUGUGGGAUGACAACGAUUCAGAGAGGGAAGAGGCCCGAGGUCACUCUCGCCUGCCUCAUCUUGGCCACAGUGGGCUGCUUCGCACACUUGAAUGAGGUGCCUCAGGUCACUGUGCAGCCUGCUUCUACCGUCCAGAAGCUGGGAGGGACUGUGGUCCUCGGCUGCGUGGUGGAGCCCCCAGGGAUGGACAUCACCUGGCGCCUGAACGGCAAGGAGUUGAAUGGCUCUGAUGAUGCUCUGGGGGUCCUCAUCACCCGCGGGACCCUCGUCAUCAUGGCGCUCAACAACCACACCGUGGGACGGUACCAGUGCGUGGCACGGAUGCCUGCAGGGGCCGUGGCAAGUGUGCCCGCCCCUGUGACGCUAGCCAACCUCCAGGACUUCAAGUUAGACGUGCAGCAUGUGAUUGAAGUGGACGAGGGAAACACGGCCGUCAUUGCCUGCCACCUGCCAGAGAGCCACCCGAAGGCCCAGGUCCGAUACAGCGUCAAACAAGAGUGGCUGGAGGCCUCCAGGGAUAACUACCUGAUCAUGCCAUCGGGGAACCUCCAGAUUGUGAACGCCAGCCAGGAGGAUGAGGGCAUGUACAAGUGCGCAGCCUACAACCCAGUGACCCAGGAAGUGAAAACCUCCGGCUCUAGCGACAGGCUGCGUGUGUGCCGCUCCACGGCAGAGGCUGCCCGCAUCGUCUACCCCCCGGAGGCCCAGACCAUCAUCGUCACCAAAGGCCAGAGCCUCAUCCUGGAGUGUGUGGCCAGCGGCAUCCCACCCCCGCGGGUCACCUGGGCCAAGGACGGCCCCAGCAUCGCCGGCUACAACAAGACGCGCUUCUUGCUGAGCAACCUCCUCAUCGACACGGCCAGCGAGGAGGACUCGGGGACCUACCGCUGCAUGGCCGACAACGGGGUGGGGGCGCCCGGGGCGGCCGUCAUCCUCUACAACGUCCAGGUGUUCGAACCCCCCGAGGUCACCAUGGAGCUGUCGCAGCUGGUCAUCCCCUGGGGCCAGAGUGCCAAGCUCACCUGCGAGGUGCGCGGGAACCCCCCGCCCUCGGUGCUGUGGCUGAGGAACGCGCUGCCCGUGGCCUCCAGCCGGCGCCUCCGGCUGUCUCGCAAGGCCUUGUGGGUGGUGGGCGUGGGGCCCGAGGACGAAGGCGUCUACCAGUGCAUGGCCGAGAACGAGGUCGGGAGCGCGCACGCCGUGGUGCAGCUGAGGACCAGCAGGCCCGGCACCACCCCGGGGCCAGGGCGGGAUGCCAAGCUGGACAGUGCCGUGCCACCCACGUCUCCUGCUGGACCUGGCCCUGAGCAGUUGCCGAGGGGACACCCAGGGCUCCCGAGGCCAGCACAGCCUGCUCCCCCACACUGCCUGGGAGAGCGGGGACACGUGGCUCCCGCUGAUGCCCCCAUCAUCCUCAGCUCACCCAGGACGUCCAAGACCGACUCAUAUGAGCUGGUGUGGCGGCCGCGGCAUGAGGGCAGUAGCCAGGCCCCGAUCCUCUACUACGUGGUGAAACACCGCAAGCAGGUCACAAAUACCUCUGACGACUGGACCAUCUCUGGCAUUCCAGCCAACCAGCACCGCCUGACCCUCACCAGACUCGACCCUGGGAGCUUGUACGAAGUGGAGAUGGCAGCCUACAACUGCGCAGGCGAGGGCCAGACAGCCAUGGUCACCUUCCGAACCGGACGGCGACCCAAACCCGAGAUCGUGGCCAGCAAGGAGCAGCAGGUCCAGAGAGAUGACCCUGGAGCCAGCCCCCAGAGCAGCAGUCAGCCAGACCAUGGGCGUCUCUCCCCCCCAGAAGCCCCAGACAGGCCCACCAUCUCCAUGGCCUCUGAAACCUCAGUGUACGUGACCUGGAUUCCCCGGGGGAAUGGUGGGUUCCCCAUCCAGUCCUUCCGUGUGGAGUACAAGAAGCUGAAGAAAGUGGGGGACUGGAUUCUGGCCACCAGUGCCAUCCCUCCCUCCCGGCUCUCCGUGGAGAUCACAGGCCUAGAGAAAGGCACUUCCUACAAGUUUCGAGUCCGGGCUCUGAACAUGCUGGGGGAGAGCGAGCCCAGCGCCCCCUCCCGGCCCUACGUGGUGUCGGGCUACAGCGGCCGCAUGUAUGAGAGGCCCGUGGCAGGCCCUUACAUCACCUUCACAGAUGCGGUCAAUGAGACCACCAUCAUGCUCAAGUGGAUGUAUAUUCCAGCAAGUAACAACAACACCCCAAUCCAUGGCUUUUAUAUUUAUUAUCGACCCACAGACAGUGACAAUGAUAGUGACUACAAGAAGGACAUGGUGGAAGGGGACAGAUACUGGCACUCCAUCAGCCACCUGCAGCCAGAGACCUCCUACGACAUUAAGAUGCAGUGCUUUAAUGAAGGAGGGGAGAGCGAGUUCAGCAAUGUGAUGAUCUGUGAAACGAAAGCUCGGAAGUCUUCUGGUCAGCCCGGUCGUCUCCCACCCCCAACUCUGCCCCCACCGCAACCGCCACCCCCUGAAACCAUCGAGCGUCCCGUGAGCACCGGGGCCAUGGUCGCACGCUCCAGCGACCUGCCCUAUCUGAUCGUUGGGGUCGUCCUGGGCUCGAUUGUCCUCCUCAUCGUUGCCUUCAUCCCCUUCUGCUUGUGGAGGGCCUGGUCUAAGCAAAAACAUACUACAGACCUGGGUUUUCCUAGAAGUGCCCUUCUCUCCUCCUCCUGCCAAUACACCAUGGUGCCACUGGGAGGACUCCCGGGCCACCGAGCCAAUGGGCAGCCCUACCUCAGUGGCAGCAACGGACAGGCCUAUGCCAGUGGGGUUUGUGGGCACAGAGGCUGCCCUGCAGCUGCCAUGGGCUACCCAGGCGUGAAACCUCAGCAGCAUUUCCCAGGGGAGUGUCUGCAGCAGGACAACAACAGCCUGCUGAGGCCGACCAUUCUUGGCAAUGGCUAUGACCCCCAAAGUCACCAGGUUGCCAGGGCUCCCAAGCCGAGUCCGGACGAGGGCUCGCUCUUGUACACGCUGCCCGAUGACUCAACUCACCAGCUGCUUCAGCCCCACCAGGACUGCUGCCAUCUCCAGGAGCAGCCUGCUGCCACAGGCCAGUCAGGAGUGAGGAGCACAACUGGGAGUCCUGGGCCGGAAGCAUCGUGGGACCCUCCGUGUCACUCAGGGCACCCAUGCUGCUUGGGUCUUGUGCCAGUUGAAGAAGUGGACGGUCCCAUCCCCUGUCAAGUGUAUGGAGGAGACUGGUGUCCGCAGCACCCCGUGGGGUCCUACACAGGGCAGAAGCCCGGGAUGAGGCUGUCCCCCAGCCCACCGGUGCAUGUGUCUUUUGAAAGGCCACCUCCCACAAUUUAGGCAGAAGCCAGUAUCCCAGAAAGACUAUAUAUUGUUUUUUAAAAGAGACAGAGAAAAUUGGUAUUUAUUUUUCUAUAAUAGCCAUAUUUAUAUAUUUAUACACUUGUAAAUAAAUGUAUAUGUGUCUUUAUAAUUCUGGAGAGACAUAGGGAGUCCAACCCAUUGAGGUAUGAGAGGGAAAACAAAGAAGCCGCAACAGAAUAGGCGUCAACCAGGAAAGACUGACACAGACUGGCCAGAAUACAGACUGAGGAGAGCAACUCUUCACUCAGAACCUCAGCAACUGCCUAGGAGGGUGCUGGAGGCCCCCAGAUAACCUGAUGAAAGGGAGACUCCCAGGCAUGUUCUUCCCUUUGACCAUAAGGGCAAAGCAGGGUCUCCGGUAUCACAGAGACACUUGAAGAUGGCUGGCUUUGAUACUAUGGGAAAUAUUUUCAUAAGGUGCCCAUGAGGACAGACUAAGAUGUGUACAGUACUAUAAGCAUUAACAAACCUUCCAGAAUCAAUAAUCUGUGGCAACAUAUAUCUGUAAAAACAAACACUGUAACUUCUAAAUAAAUGUUUAGUCUUCCCUGUAA